ACCACCCAAACGCCCGUCCUCGCGGCCGCAUCCUUCUCAUCCCGUCUCUGCCUCCCCUGUCUCGUCGGAGCCCUCUGCUCGACCGGUGGUCGUCGCUAUAUAUUCGCCCAGGCGUCAUCCCGGCUUGCUCCUGCUGCUGCUUGUCGCUCUGCUCUCUCGGCGCUUUGGCUUCUCCCUUCGUUCCCCCAGAGCACAUCCCCCAUCGGCCACCCUCGCUCGCUCUGCGUCCCCCCCCCCUGCCUGUGUGUGUCGCUCGCUGGUCCAGCACAGAGUCCGCUGCUUGCCGCCGUAUCGUCGCUUUCGAUCGCUCUGCUUCCCCGCAACGUCCUCCACCUGCCAUGGCCCUGCCCAAUCUCGCCCUGGUCUGCGCCGUGUUGCUUGGCCUGCUCUCGACGCUGGCCCGUGUGGCCUUGGCCGAUCCCCAGCUCGCCUCCGUCUCGGCCUCGACCAACUUUGUGCCGACUUCAGAGACCCCGCCUCCGCCAGACCUGUCCUAUCUCCAGACCUUCAUUGAGUUCACCUCGGCCGAUCCCUACGUCUACCAGCUCCGAUGGAACUUUUACACCGACGCCGCCACGGGCACGCCUUACAUUUCUGCAGCCAUGUCCCUCACCAUCUCGUCCAACAACCUGGUCACCUAUCCCUGGAUGGGCAUUGGCUUUGGCACCUCCAUGCUCAAUGCCCAGUUUGUUGUCUGCCACUUCAACGACGCCGCCAACUCGGUUCAGAUCCACGAGCACAUCAGCCGCAACCAGUAUGCCUCUCCUCAACACUAUCUUGGCACAUACCUGAUCCGCACCGAGGACGGCUACUUUUCCAACUCCUCAACCUCCGGUGUCACCUUCAUUUGCCGGUUCAACAGAACCCUCUAUGGCGACGCUGAACACGUCGACAUCUCCUCCGGCACCUCCUUGCUGUGGGCCUUCAACCCCUCCAACCCCACCCUCAACUACUUUGGAGAGCAUUUUCUCUCGCACGGCACCGUCAACCGCGGCCGAGUCCAGCAGCUCAACUUUAUGAACUCGGUCAACGGCCAGCUCCACGUCGACACCAACACCGCCAUUCCCAUCCUGUGGAAGGAAAUCCACGCCAUCGGCAUGUCGACCGCCUGGCUCCUGAUCUUCCCCACGGCCGUCUACUGGGCGCGGUUCCGCCGCUCCAAGCCCGGAUGGAUUAACAUCCACGCAGGGCUGCAGAUCUUUGGCAUCGUCCUUGCCGUCACUUCGCUGAUCAUGAUUCUCCUCAGCUACAUCUCUCUGACGCAGCCGCACGAUAUCCUGGGCAUUGUCCUCAUGAGUUUGCUGCUCGUGCAGAUCGGCCUUGGCUCCCUCAACAUGCUGGGGUUCUCAUCCGAUCGCUUUGCCAAGAUCAAGAAGGGCAUCAAGAUUGCCCACGGCGUCAUCGGCGCUUUGUCGCUGCUGGCCUCCUUUGUACAGGUCUACUUGGGCCUCGACACGCUCUUCCCCUGGGUCGAAGCCAUGAACCGCGGUCUGCCCUGCUGGAUCCUCUACAGCAUGGUUGUCUUCAUCUGGAUCGUUGCCUUUGGCAUCAGCGAGCUGCACAACUUCUUUAUCAACAACCGUGCAAAGAUCAGCAUGCUCGACAGCACCAACAGCAACAUCCAGCUCACCUCGCCCGCCACGCCUUACAGCGAGCGCACCAAAACCACGCCGCUGCCCAAGGGCAACCGCUUCUCGCUCACGGAGAUGAUCCGCGACGGCCAGGAAGUGCAGGAGCUGCUUGAGGCAACCCGAGCCAAGAAGAGCGUGCGCUGCUUUACCUGGCAGAGCCUCUCUGAAAGCGUCAUUAGCGGGGAACUCUUGGUCGUUGGCAACGGAAAAUAUGUCUAUGAUAUCUCAUCCUGGCUGCGCUCACACCCUGGUGGCCAGCAGAUCCUGUAUUCGGCUGCUGGCACUGAUAUCAGCAACGACUUUUUCAGGGAGGCCGGAUAUGAUGCCCAAGAAUUCUUGCCCGACACCCACAUCCCCAGCACCAACCCGCACAACCCCCAAGACGCCAACGUCAAGCGCCCCGUCGUCAACCAGAACCCCUACAAACCCAACGCUGUCGUCGUCGAGGCCAUCGAAAACUCCAACAUCAUCCGGCUGACCGACUGGGAGCUGAUCAAGACGACGCGCCGCCCCCACGUCCAUUCCCGAAGCGGCAUCCAGACCAUGGCCUCGCUUAUGGUUGGCGAACUCGUGGCCGACGGAAGCACUAAGGAGGCGGCGGCCCUGCGUCGACUCGGCACCUUCCGCUCCAAUACCUCCAGCACGAGUCUGAUCUCCAAGGCAGCGUCGACCCCGAUGCAGUCGCCCAGCUUUGACGUCUUUGAGUUCCGCCGAUACGCCCUUACCGAGAAGGUCAAGCUGUGCGAGACCGGCGAUGUCCUCCACUACAAGUUCAAGUUCUGCCUGCUCUACCCGCAUGACAGCCACAUAAACGAGCCUUCCGAGUUCUUGCCCGGUCAGUCGAUGGAGAUGCGGUUCCACCUCGCAGGCAAGUGGAUCAGCCGCCACUAUACCCCCAUCAGCGGCAACACCGUGGCCUUUGAAGUCAUCGUCAAGGUUUAUGGCCCGCAUGCAGUGGCCGGCAGCUAUCUGCAACGCCAACGGCCCGGUGACCGCCAGUUCCAGUUCCGCGGGCCCUUUGGAACCCCGAUCAUCGACCCUACCAAGCCUCUGUCCAUCUUCCCGGCUCAGGUGGCGGAGCGCGGGCAAGGCGGCGUCGUCGAGAUCCCAGCGACAUACAUCUUCAUUUCGGGUGGAAGCGGCAUCACGCCCUUCCUGCAAAUGAUCAAGAGCCUGCUGCUGCCCGACAACACGCCACUUGAGGUGGCCAUGGACUAUACGCCCUCGACCCCAGACGAGCUCGAGGCCAAGGCUGGCCAGAAAAUCAUUGUCCGGCGCCACUACAUGGACGGAUGGGUCUAUGCUCGAAACACCAGUACCCGCCAGGAGGGUGUCUUCCCCCUGACGGCGACCUAUGCCCGGUGCGGAACCAAGACCCGCCUCGUGCUGAUCAACUGCAUCAAGCAUGCCAACGAUCUUGUCGGCGCGGACCUGAUCGACGGCGCCUUGCUUGCCUACCGCAACCAGAUCGACGCCCAUCACUUCAUCUCGAGCGUGCACCCGGAAGAGGUGGCUGCACCACCCCCUGGCCGGACGUAUUCUGGCCGGCUGAACCACGCCGACCUGCACCGGAUCUUGAGUCAGUACGUCGACAUCACUGAUCCGACCGACAACAGCAACUUCAAGGUCUUUGUGUGUGGCCCCGACCGCCUCGACUCGUCCGUCAUCAAUUGGGUCACGGCUUCGGGCGUCUCCAACCACCGCAUCUCAAUCCUGCCAAAUGUGGCUUGAGAGACAAGAGAGCGGGAGCCCCUCACAUCCGCUUGACCUGCUGGCUUUGGCUAGCUUUCGAUCCUUGCUAGAGG